AUGCGACUAGAUCAAAUUCUUCUUGAUUCGAACAUUAUUAAUACUCAAAUUACAUUAAUGAAACAAGCCUCACCACUGAAACUUACAUCUCCACUAUCUGAUAUAGUACUUAAUCGAUUUUGUGAACAAAUAUUACCAAAAAUUCAUGACAAAAUCAAAUGGCUCAAGCUUGAAACAUCAUCUAUGGAACGUAUUCUUCUUGCAGCUAACAGCUAUUUUAAUUUACGUCAAUUGGAUCUAUUUAUUAUGAAUAUAGAAACUGACAUGCACUUAUUUAAUAUACCUACUGGAGCUGGAUAUAUGACAUUCGGUAUUGAAUCUCCAAUAUUUUCUUCAACUCUGGUUGAAUUACAUAUGAAUGUGUAUCGUUUCGAUGAUUGUCUAUUUCUACUCGAUGGUCGUCUAAAUCAACUGCAGGGAUAUGGUCAAUGUCAUAUUUAUUCAUGUCCAUAUACAUUAACAUAUUAUGAUGAUAUAACUAAUAAUUUUCCAGGUGGUUUAUUUAAUAGCGUUGAAAAAAUGAGGUUAUUUGAUGAGCGUCCUUUUGAAAAUGAAUUUUUCAUUCGAAUUUCUCAAGCAUUUCCAUUCCUUAAACGCAUAACUAUAGUUAAUAGAAAACCACAAAAUUUCAAACAAGAACAACAAUUAAAUGAUAAUACUCAAAAGUCUUCAAAUAUUGAAUAUUCUCAUCUUAGUAUGCUUCAUCUUCUGCGUGUUCAUGACGAUUAUGUAGAACAAUUUUUAUUCGAUACGAAAACCUGUUUAUCAAAUUAUAUUCAAUUGGCAGUUGAACUUUGUUUUCAUGACUGCCAACAGUUACCUAAACAUUAUCAGAAUUAUUUUCCUUAUCUUGAAUAA